AUGAAUAAUCAUUCUCAAGAAGAUCUCAAAGAAGCCAGAGAUUUCAUUGACGAUCUACAACGUCAGAAUGGCGGAAUCAAAAAAGAGCAUGAAGAAAUUCUAGAACGUGAAUUGCCUGAAGUCCUGCAGACAAUCAAAAAUAUGCUAAGAAAGCUCGGGGUCUCGACUCAAAUGUUCGCCCUUUUCAUAGUCAAUGGUGAUUUCGUGUUACCUGAAAGCAAUCGUACUUUGCUAACUUUUUGCACUUUGGCUGAACAGCUCUAUCAAAAGUCUACUCGCUUUAUCUACGAGAUUAUUCAAAAUGCGGAAGACAACAGAUACACAGCCUCAAACAAGUUACCCUUCUUGUCUUUCACUCUCCACUCGGACCGCCUCAUUAUAGACUCCAACGAAGAUGGCUUCACCCGGAAGGACAUCAAUGCUACAUGUUCUAUUGGCGAGAGUACUAAAGCAUGCGUUCGAGGCUAUAUUGGAGAAAAGGGCAUCGGCUUCAAAUCUGUCUUUAACGUUGCUCAUAAAGUCCAUAUCCAGCCCGGGCGUUAUUCCUUAGCAUUUGAAUAUUCCAAGGAGGAUUCCAAAGAUUGUGGACUUGGAAUGGUUACGCCGAUGAAUGAGACCCCACAUGAGCUUCCCGAUGAUCGCCGCGUCGUCAAUCUCCCUGCUAAUUCCGCUCGUGCCAAAAUUCUUGAAGCUGAAGUCAUUCUAGCCUUUCCUAUUAAUGAAGAUCAUGUAUCCGACAUUGAAGAACAAGAUGUUUUUGCUUUCCUUCCCUUGAAAAAAACCGGGUACAAAGUUGGCCAAGCUGGAAGAUGUACAAUUGUGAAUACUGAAGCUAACUUGAACGAUAAGUUUCUCAUACAAUGUGAUUUUAUUACCAAAGCCAGCCGAGAAGAUAUUGUGGAUUCUGCGUGGAAUAGGCAAUUACUCGAGGAAGUGGUUGCAACGUUCCGCAGCGCAAUUAAUGAUCCCAAUGGGUUUCUUGAGUACAACGCACUUCGAUACAGCUGGAUCAGAUAUAUCCCCGCAAAUGCUAUUACAGACGAAUUUUGGGGGCUUCUGCAACCUCGCUUGUUUAACAGACUUUGCAGCAAUACUAUUGCAGGCACAACUGCAUACGUCUCGGAGCCCUACGAUCCUUCUGAUAUCCCUAUAUUGGAAAAGAUGAAAGCAAAGCGUCUAAAUACUGGUGAAUUUUUGCAAAGACUAGACGAAGAUCUUGUUGGAAUUCAUGAUUCUCGAAUGAAAACUACGCCUUUGAGCAGCCUUUGGCAUACGAGAAUGUCAAAUCUUCUCAUUAGUAUGAGUCAGGAUGAUAGCAAUAAAAUGAAGAUACAAAAGCUGAACAUCAUACCGCUUGACAGUGGAACGUGGGCUCGUCCACUGAAUGCGAGUAUAAUUUUCCCAACUUCGGGUGGGGUUGACAUACCGAAGGAUCUACCUCUAAACUUGGUCGAUGGAAAAGCACUUGAAAAUACGAGUAGGGAAAAGCUCUUUUCGCAACUUGGAGUAGCUGAGUGUUCACCAGAACGCAUGUUUCCUCUCAUUGAGCAACGGUAUAAUUUCCCCACUCGGAAGAUUGACUCUGUUUCCGAUAUCAAAUUCCUUUUCUGGCAUCAUGAAAAGCUUCCAGCUUAUUAUUCAAUAUUCAUGUGGUUAUGGAAUGGGGAAUGCUCUUUACCACAUGAUACCAAUGUCGGCGAUUGGAUUUAUUGUAGGGAAUCCGAUCAUGCAUGCACAACGAUCAAAAUUAUUGGUGAAUCUAUACCACUUGAAAUGAAAAAUGGCAGUCAUGUCAGAUAUACAGGGAAAAGUUACUACAGCCCCCUCGAAGCUUGUGGCAUUCGAAAUAGGCACACUGGAAUCGAGUGGCUUCGGUCUCUUGGGAUUAAAGAGACGCCGCAAAUACGCCGUAGAGAGAAUCCUUCAGAUCCCAAACUUUCGAUUGGAAUUCAAGCACAUUUUAAAAGACCUUCUGAAAUGUAUGCUUGGCGCGUUGCAAGCAGAUUGGGUGUAGUACAAUGA